AUGGCGGAGCCGGGUGCUGAGAAAUCCGAUGAGCAGCUGCUGGUUUUCGAGGAGCUGGCGCCUCAGACAGGGCCGCCCUGGCGGGAGCCGCAACAACCGAAAACUGCCCCUGGCGGGGCUGUUAGGCUGUGUGGGGAGCCGGGGCUCGAGGAGGAGGAGGAAGAGGAGGGUGAGGAGGACUCAGAGGACUCGGGGCCCGAGGGGGAUGGAGAGGACGAGCCUCUCUUGCGGGCGUCGGGUACCGGCCGCGGCCGCCGAGGGUGCGCCGCCUGGGACAAGGAGCCCCGCGCCCCUGCAGGCCAUCUAGGACAUACUGCUGAUAUGAAUAUAUUUUUAGAUGAUCCAGAAUUUGCAGAAAUUAUUCUGAGAGCAGAGCAAGCAAUAGAGUGUGGAGUUUUUCCAGAGAGAAUUUCUCAAGGAUCCAGUGGGAGUUAUUUUGCCAAGGAUCCAAAAGGGAAAAUUAUUGGAGUGUUCAAACCAAAAUCUGAAGAGCCUUAUGGACAUCUAAAUCCAAAGUGGACCAAAUAUUUUCACAAAAUUUGUUGUCCUUGCUGCUUUGGCAGAGGCUGCCUCGUUCCAAAUCAGGGAUACCUCUCUGAAGCUGGUGCCUAUCUUGUGGAUGACAAGCUGGGGCUAGGAGUUGUACCUAAAACUAAGGUUGUCUGGCUUGUCAGUGAGACCUUUAAUUACAGUGCAAUAGAUCGUGCAAAGUCCAGAGGAAAAAAAUAUGCUUUAGAGAAAGUGCCAAAAGUUGCUAAAAAAUUUAAUCGAAUUGGACUACCUCCUAAGGUUGGCUCCUUCCAGCUGUUUGUUGAAGGAUAUAAGGAAGCUGACUACUGGCUCAGGAAGUUUGAAACUGAUCCUUUGCCUGAGAACACAAGGAAAGAAUUUCAGACACAGUUUGAAAGAUUGGUUAUCUUGGAUUACGUUAUCAGAAAUACAGACAGAGGUAAUGACAACUGGUUAGUCAGAUAUGAAAAAGCAGAUGAAGGAGUUGAUCUGUCAGAUAAGGACAGCCAAUGGACCAUAACUGAAGAAUCUACUAUUAAAAUUGCUGCAAUUGACAAUGGCUUAGCAUUUCCUUUUAAGCAUCCUGAUGAGUGGAGGGCAUAUCCCUUCCACUGGGCUUGGCUUCCUCAAGCAAAAAUUCCUUUCUCUCAGGAGACCAGAGACCUAGUUCUUCCUCGCAUUUCUGAUAUGAACUUCAUCCAGGAUCUUUGUGAAGAUCUUUAUGAACUGUUUAAGACUGAUAAAGGAUUUGACAAGGCUACUUUUGAAAACCAAAUGUCUGUUAUGAGAGGGCAGAUACUAAACCUUACUCAGGCAUUAAAGGAUGGGAAGAGCCCCAUUCAGCUUGUCGAGAUGCCACGUGUGAUUGUGGAGCGAAGCAGCACGGGAAGUCAGGGCCGAAUUGUUCACCUGAGUAAUGCAUUCACACAGACCUUUCAUAGCAGGAAGCCUUUCUUUUCCUCCUGGUAG